GGAUGACGUAUUAUUUGUGGGACAAAUUUAUGUUGUGUUUAUGUACACCGGCUGCAGUCGUGGAGGACGUUAUCGUAGUUCUUUUAAAACGUGUCCAUCGAUAAAUACGGUUGGACAGCAGUCUGGUUAACACACGCACAUCUGGGAGGGCACACAGGGGAAGGAUGUCUGCAGCCGCUCUGCGCUGGAUCCGUUGUCGGAGGCUGAGCACAGCUGGGCCGCCUGGUGUGAAGAAAGUACUCCAGUGGAAAGAAUUAAGGAAAGUUGCUAAAGUAACUGGCGCAGUUGUCUUGGGGGGCUGUCUUUUUAUUACUUAUGAGGUGAUAGCCUUGGAUAAGGCUGUGACCAUUGACACUAGUGCAAUUCUUCAGGAGAAGAAUAAGUCGUACAUCUAUCUGAGGGCCACUCCUUCAGAUGAAAAAGACAACCUAACUGGAGGACUUACACACAAAGCAAGGAGGGAACUUCAUAAAGCAGCAAGACGGUUUGUGGAAAUAUCCUCGAGGCUUUUACUGCAAUCACUCGAUGCUGCCAAAUUGAUGACACAAGUUUCACUCCGGCAAGAGCACUUCAGUCAUGUGGAUGCUGACCCACAUGAGGUGGCAUUGUGGGUCCUGCUGAAGAAGACACAGUCAGCUAACAAAGCCAUCAGACUAGAGGCUGUUCAGGAGCUUGCAGACAAUCACCACUGGCAUGAUUACCAGUACCAGACGGCAGCCCAGGUUAUAGACCAUCGGACAGCAGUGGGCUUGGCCCGGACGCCUCAGGUAGACCUGAGGUUUUUCCGUCACCCACCUGCACUGCCUGAUUUGGAGGAGGGUUUGUCAGCGGAGGACGGACUGAGGCAGCUUUUGGCAUCUCUGCCUCAAACUGAGGUGGACAAAUGUGUUCAGUACUUUACCUCACUGGCCCUGAGAGAGAGCACUCAGUCCUUGGCAGCACAAAGGGGUGGUCUGUGGAGUUUUGGUGGCAAUGGGCUGCCUUAUGCCCAGAGCCUCACCUCCGUUCCUUCUGAGAAGGUGGAGUCCUUCUGUCUGCAGGCACUGGUACAGCACUCAAAGGUAAGGAGCCACUGUGACCACAUAGUUGCCAACGGAGGUCUACAGCUUCUCCAGAGGGUUUAUCAGCUCAGAACAGACUCUAUGAAGAUUCAGAGGAACAUUGUUCGCAUCAUCGGAAACCUGGCUCUCAAUGAAGGUGCCCAUCAGGCCAUAGCCCAGUCCGGCUGGGUGUCUGUCCUGGCUGAGAUGAUGCAGUGCCCUCACAUCAUGCAGGCGUCUCACGCAGCUCGCGCUCUUGCAAACCUGGACAGGGAGACAGUAAAAGAGAAAUACCCAGAUGGCGUCUAUAUCCUGCACCCACAAACACGUAGCAAUCAGCCAAUCAAAGCAGACGUGCUGUUCAUCCACGGGAUUCUAGGGGCAGCUUUUAAGACGUGGAGGCAGAAGGACCGCAAUACGUUAGAGGAAGAGGAGGCAGCCAAACACGAAGAUGACUAUACAGAGUGCUGGCCAAAGUCAUGGUUGGCUGCUGACUGUCCAAAUCUGAGAGUGCUGUCGGUGGAGUAUGACAGUCAUCUAAGUGACUGGAUGGCCCAGUGUCCUGCUGAGAAUCAGAGGAAGUCUCUAGCCUACAGAAGUCAGGAGCUGCUAAAGAAGUUAAAGCUGGCGGGAGUUGGAGAAAGGCCUGUGGUCUGGGUAGCCCACAGUAUGGGAGGACUGCUUGUGAAGAAAAUGCUGCUGGAUGCCUCACAGGACCCAGACAUGCAUGGGUUAUUACAGAACACCAAAGGGAUUAUGUUUUAUAGUGUUCCUCACUACGGCACCUUCAUGGCAGAGUACUCUGUCAAUGUUAGAUAUCUUCUCUUCCCCUCCAUAGAAGUCAGAGAACUCUGUAAAGAUUCACCAGCUCUGCGCAGCCUGAAUGACAACUUCCUGAACCUGGCCAAAGAAAAGGAUUUCAAGGUGCUGAGCUUUGCAGAGACUCUACCGACGAACAUUGGACCCAUGAUCAAGAUACUUGUGGUACCAACGCAGUCAGCAAAUCUCGGGAUUGGUGAGCUCAUUGAAGUGGACGUAGAUCACCUAAACAUCUGCAAACCAGAGAGGAAGGACUCGUUUCUAUACAAACGCAGCCUCCAGUUCAUCCUGGACGCUCUGCAGAGCUACGUCACCCACUGACAGAAAUCUAUAAAAACAAUGACACUGAGACCACCUGCUGUAUACUUGAAAUGUAUACCACACUCCAAACCAAACAGAGAAAUAACUGCACAUUCACAUGAAGCACCACAAAUGCGAUUGCAGUUUAGCUAACGAAAUCAAAUUUAUUUUACACACGGAUAUUUGUGGAAACCUGUCAGUUGUGAUAACGAUAGCAGGGUGCGUUUUUUGUUGUUGGGUUUUUUUAAGUCAUCCACUGAGAUCGGUCUCUUAAUGCUACAUCAGCUAAGUUUUAAAGAAAAUAACUCUUAUGUUUACAAGUAAAUUAAGCACAUUAAAAUUUUAUCUAUAUUUCCUUUUAUUUUAGAUUUAUUACCAGCUAAUCAUGGGAUACACAAUGCUCAUUAUCUAAUGUAUUUACUUAAAAAUGCACUGACAUUUUGUUGCUACUCAUGCAACUCGACUUUUGACCAGAGCAAAGGUUUAAGACUUUAUUUUUAUAUGUAUUUGUUUUACUCUAACUAUAGUGUGAUUAUCAUCUUAUGUGCCAAAACAUAUUCUUUCCCAAGCCUUACCUCAAGUGGACCUGAGUUAAUACCUUUAGUUCAGAUUGCACAUGCAGUUGUAUGGGACUGAUCAAGUAAAUUAAUUUUAAUACAUGUGUUUGCAGCCCCCACUGCCACUAGCAGUCCUAAAUGCUGGCAAUGAAAUGAAUAAAUGUGUAACGUUUG